AUGGACCUUCCAAAUUGGCCUGAACUCUUCCUUGCCACCCUUUUCUUCCUCUUCAUGCAUUACAUGAAGCAAAGGAACAAACCCGUUGUCUCUUGGCCCCUGCUUGGCAUGUUCCCCUCCAUCGCCAUCAACACGCACUGCUUCUUCGAGUAUCUGACCCGAGCCCUGAACCGAGCCCAUGGCACCUUCUCCUUCUUGGGCCCUGCACUGACCAACCUUGAGUUCAUACUCACUUGUGAUCCUAAGAACAUAAAACACAUUGUCAAGACCAACUUCUCCAACUAUGGCAAGGGCAAGGACUUUAAAGAGAUCUUCGAUGUUUUCGGAGAUGGCAUCUUCAUUGCUGAGUCCGAGUCGUGGAGGAUCCAGCGCAAAAUGUGCCAUGCUCACUUCCAAUCUAAAGGCUUCAGGGCCUUUCUUGCGAUCACAACUCAAGAUCUUACCGAUUCGGGCUUGUUGCCAUUGCUGGGCCGGGCGGCAAGCCAAGGCUCACAGUUGGACUUGCAGGACUUGUUAAUGAGACUCACAUUUGAUAGCACGUGCACCUCUAUCCUUGGAAGGAGAGCCGGCUGCCUUUCCCCCGGCCUUCCUGUGGUCCCGUUCAGCAAGGCCAUCGAUGACGGGACAGAGGCCCUCUUGUUCCGACACAUCGUGCCUCGCAGCUGGUGGAAGCUGAUGAAGAGACUGGAAAUCGGAUGGGAGAAGAGGGCGGUGCAUGCCCGGCGCGUCAUCGAUAAAUUUGUGACAGAACAGAUCGCAAUCACCAAAUCUCAGCUCGGAAGUGUGGGAAGCAGCGGAGAUCUGAUGUCGAGUUACAUCAGCUCCAACAGGUCCCUAUCCGAUACUUUCCUGCGGGACACCGCGGUGAAUUUCCUUUCUGCCGGGAGGGACACUUCUGGCGUGGCUCUCUCCUGGUUCUUCUGGCUUAUCUUCAAGAACCCUCAUACUGAGGCCAAGAUCAUAGAAGAAUUGCGGAAUGUGCUCGAUGGCAGGACAAGGGUCCCUCUCGAAGAUCUACACCAGCUCGUGUAUCUCCAUGCAGCGCUGUACGAGACACUGAGACUGUAUCCACCGGUUCCAAUCGAUCACAAGGCUGCUGUGCAUGACGACGUUCUUCCAGACGGGACGACGAUGAAGGCCGGCACAAAGAUCUUUUAUUCGAUUUAUUCAAUGGCCAGGAUGGAGUGGAUAUGGGGGAAGGACUGUAGAGAAUUUAGGCCUGAGAGAUGGAUUGGAGAAGGUGGGGACCUGAAGCCUGACCUAGAAUUUAAGUUCAUGACCUUCAACGCUGGGCCAAGGAGUUGCUUAGGGCAGGACAUGGCCUUCACUCAGAUGAAGAUAGCUGUAGCCACCAUACUUGCCAAUUUCCAUGUGGAGGUGGUGGAGGGCCAAAAUGUAAGCCCUAAAACUUCAGUGAUCCUCUCAAUCAAGAAUGGGCUCAAGGUCACCGUAAAAGAGAGGUCACUUCAGGCUUAGUUUGAGCACUUUAAGUUUACUACUUUGCUUCCAACUCUGUGUGUUGUAAUG